AUGGGCUCCACCGUCAUCCAACCGCCGUCCGACCGAGUCGUGUCUCUCCUGACCCGCGGGGAGUUCAUGGUGGUACACGAGGAGGACCAGUCGAUUCGCAUCGCAGACAAGGGCUUCCCGUUCCUGCUGAAGGACCUGCGCACGCAGGUCUGGAUCCUGCUGCUCCUCUACCUGCGGUCCCUGCAGGAGGAGAAGGCCAACGUCCACGACGUUCUCUCCUUCCUCUUCCGCCUCAGCUUUCUCACCGUCGGCGAGGGCUACCAAAUGGACGACCUUGCGUUCUCCGAGUCCGGGCUGCUCCAGGACCUGCAGGACCUGGGCAUCAUCUAUCGCAAGCACAGGGACUCGAAAUGGCUCUACCCGACGCAACUGGCCAUCGGCCUCUCGUCAACCGAAGCGGCGAAGCGGGACCAAGAGGGUUGGAUCAUCGUCGGCACCGACUACCGCAUCUACGCCUACACCUCCAGCCCCGUGAAGCUGCUCCUGCUGAGCCUGUUCACCCAGAUCGAGUACCAGCUGCCCAACAUGGUCAUGGGCAUCCUGCUUCGCGAAAACAUCCGACAGGCCGUGCAGGUCGGCAUCUCCGCCAAUCAGAUCCUGCAGUUUCUCGAGACGAACGCGCAUCCACAGAUGAAGCAGAACACGCCCAUCAUUCCAGAGUCGAUAGCCGACCAGCUGCGAUUAUGGGAAGCCGAGGACCGACGCCUGUCCCUCAGCCCGGGCUACUUCUACGACGAUUUCGCUUCGCUGGCGGCGUUCAAGAAGGCGGAAAAGUACGCCCGGGACGUGGGCGCUCUCCUUUACUCGGACGCCGCCAAGCGAUUCCUUUUUGUGACCGAGCAGGGACACCAACUGCUGCGACGGUACGUCAAGCAGCACCUCUCCUCCUCCUCUUCCUCAUUGACACCCAAAUGA